AUGUAGUCUGUUUCUGUUAGUGCCAUAUCUAUCCUUCUUUGUCUUUCUUGAGAUGUGCAAACCAAACACUCCAACUGAUUAUGUGAAUAACUAAAUCAUUAAUUAUAAAUAGAGCAGAUGAUUUAGGAUAUUGUUGGAAGUCGUGGAUUAAGUUAUUGCUAUUUACAAACCAUGUUUUCACUACUGUAUCUGUAUUCUGUAAAAUACUUCAUAUGGGUAGGCCAAAAGGGGUAUUGUUCAUUGUCAUGAAUAGGGUCUAAUGUUUCAUUUUGAGUGUCGUCUUUUUUUAUUCUUGUAUCUCAGCACUUGACUGGUUGGCUCUUUUUUUCAUGGACAAUCUGUUAACAUAUGAUCUUGCUGGGGUUAAAGUUCUUCAUGGCCUUGACAAAGUGGUGGAUGGUGGUGCUGUCGUUUUAACACUCAGAUCAAAGCAUACUUGCUAAUGGUGACAUUAAUGAAGAUAUUGUUAUGCUAGAAAAUACUGAAAUUAGAGAGCAGAAGCGGCGAGAUGCGGCUUACAAGGCUACAAAGAAGAAAAACGGGGUUCACGAGGGCAAGGAGUGACUCUGGAUGAAAUGGGGCGCUUUACUGGUGAAGCUGAAAAGUAAUUAGAAGAGCUCCGUAAAAGGUUGCAAUGAGUUCCCACUAAUAACCGUGUUGAAGAUCUUAAUAAUGCUGCGAAGAUUUCAUCAGAUUAUUACACCCAAGAGGAAAUGCUUCGGUUUAAAAAGCCCAAAAAGAAGAAAGCUUUGCCGAAGAAAGAGAAGUUGGAUAUAGAUGCCCUUGAAGCAGAAGCCAUCUCUGCUGGGCUUGGUGCUGGAGAUCUUGGAUCUAGAAAUUACUCUAGAAGACAAGCAAUUAAAGAGGAGGAGGCCAAAUCUGAGGUUGUAAAGAGAAAUAAUGCUUACCAAGCAGCAUAUGCCAAAGCAGAUGAGGCAUCAAAGCUACUGAGGCUUGAACAAACUCUUACAGUAAAACCCGAGGAAGAUGAAAAUCAAAUUUUUGCUGAUGAUGAAGAGGAUCUUUAUAAAUCGCUUGAAAAAGCAAGGAGGUUAGCUCUUAAAAAGCAAGAAGAAAAAUCAGCUCCACAAAUUAUCGCGCUUCUUGCUAGCAAAGCCACCAGCAAUCAAACUACAGAUGAUCAAAACACCUCCAUUGGAGAGGCACAAGAAAACAAGGUUGUAAUCAUAGAGAUGGAGGAGUUUGUUUGGGGUCUUCAGCUUGAUGAAGAAGCACAUAAGCCCGACAAUGAAGAUGUUCUCAUGAAUGAGGAUGAAGUGCCGGGAGCUUCUGAACAAGAAAGAAAAAAAAUUGCAUAAAAUGAGGUGGGUGGAUGGUCGGAACUCGGAAGUAGCUGAUGCUAAUGCUGAUGAAAAGCCUGCAAGUGAGGAUAAGGAUGAGAUUGUUCCAGAUGAAACCAUUCAUGAAGUUGCAGUUGGUAAAGGAUUAUCAGGUGUACUGAAGCCGCUUAAAGAUCGAGGAACACU